CAACUAGGUACACUCUCUUUGCUAAAAAACCUCUUCUCCUGUAUCCUUUGUUUGUUUGCGGAGAAAAGGAAAGAGCUUGAAAGAAAACUUUGCGUUUGUGAUAUUGGAGAUCACAGAGUAAUGAAACCAUCACUAGGUUCUGCAUAAUACAACUAUUUUACUUAGUUGAGGUGUUUUUCUGGGAGAGAUACAAAUCAUAGGAUUUAACCAUUCAUUUAUUUAUUUAUUUCAAUUAUUCUCUCAGCAACCAAACAGAGAAUUAGGGGUUUUGUUUUACAUUUUUGUUCGUGCUUGCAUCAUGCAUUUGAAGGAGGGAUGUUCCUUACUUUUAAAAGUUCGCAAACCUUCAAUCCCUUUUGUGCUCAGCACGAAUCCAGUUCCGAAUCUCAAAGCCGAAAAUGAAGAAAAAUCGUCCGUUCUGAAAGAGGCCGAUGUUCUAAAGAGGUUGAAACAUGAGCAUGAUAUCACUCUUGCAUUAGAGUAUUUCAAGUCUAUUGCAAAUUCGAAAUCUUUCAAACACACGCCUCUGACCUACCAAAUGAUGAUUGAGAAGCUCGCUAGUGAACGUGAGAUGGAUUGUGUUCAGUACCUUUUGCAGCAAAUGAAGUUAGAGGGUAUUAGUUGCUCUGAGGAUCUAUUUAUUAGUGUGAUAGGUUCGUAUAGGCGAGCGGGUUCUUCUGAGCAAGCGUUGAAAACGUUUUAUAGGAUGCAAGAUUUCCGUGUUAAACCCACUGUUAAGAUUUACAAUCACAUCUUGGAUGCAUUGCUUGACGAGAAUAGGUUUCAGAUGAUCAACCCUAUAUAUAGUAAUAUGAAGAAAGAUGGUAUGGAGCCCAAUGUGUUUACAUACAACAUUCUUUUGAAAGCAUUGUGUAAGAAUAAUCGGGUGGAUGGGGCCCACAAAUUACUUGUGGAAAUGUCGAGCAAGGGAUGUGAUCCUGAUGAGGUGAGCUAUACAACAUUGAUAUCUUCUUUGUGUAAGCUCGGUAAGGUGAAGGAAGCCAGGGAGCUUGCCAUGAGUUUCACUCCAUCUGUACCUGUUUAUAAUGCUUUGAUAAAUGGGGUGUGCAAGGAAUACACAUUUGAGGAGGCAUUUCAGUUAUUAGAUGAAAUGAUGAACAAAGGGAUUGACCCUAAUGUUAUUUCAUACACAACUAUCAUCAAUGCCCUCUCCGAUGCAGGGAAUGUUGAGCUGUCUCUUGCUGUUUUAGCCAAAAUGUUUGCGAGAGGAUGUAGUCCCAAUCUUCACACAUUUACUUCCUUGAUAAAGGGUUUUUUCUUGAAAGGGGGAUCACAUGAAGCUCUUGACUUUUGGGACCGGAUGAUAAGGGAAGGAGUUGUGCCCAAUGUUGUUGCAUAUAAUGCACUAAUGCAUGGUUUAUGCUCUAAGAGGAGCUUGGGUGAUGCUGUAUCUGUUUUCAAUCAAAUGGAGAUAAAUGGAUGCUGUCCAAAUGUGAGGACAUAUAGUGCUCUUAUUGAUGGCUAUGCAAAAGCUGGAGACUUGGAUGGUGCAUCUGAGGUAUGGAACUGGAUGAUAACUCAUGGUUGCCAUCCUAAUGUUGUGGCUUAUACCUGCAUGGUGGAUGUUCUUUGCAGGAAUUCUAUGUUUAACCAAGCUUAUUGUCUUAUAGAGAAUAUGCAAGUGGAAAAUUGUCCUCCAAAUACAGUUACAUUCAAUACAUUUAUCAAAGGUUUAUGUGGAAGUGGAAGAGUAGAUUGGGCAAUAAAGGUGUUUGAUCAAAUGGGAAACUCUGGCUGUUUUCCUAAUACCACGACCUACAAUGAGCUAUUGGACAGUCUCUUGAAAGACAGAAGGUUUGGAGAAGCCUUUGGACUUGUUAAGGAUAUGGAACAUAGGGGGAUUGAGCUGAAUUUAGUGACGUAUAAUACUAUUAUAUAUGGUUAUUGUUGUGCUGGUAUGCUUGGGGAGGCUUUGGAGCUUUUAGGGAAAAUGGUGGUUAGAGGUACGAAGCCCGAUGCCAUCACAGUUAAUAUAGUAAUUGAUGCAUACUGUAAGCAAGGUAAGGUUAACAUUGCUAUUCAACUUAUGGACAGAUUGAGUGCAGGGAAAUGGCACCCAGAUAUAAUUGCUUACACUAGUCUUAUAAGUGGGAUCUGUACACAUAUAGGUGUGGAAGAGGCCAUUGUUUAUCUUAGGAGGAUGUUAAGUGAAGGGAUCUCACCCAAUGUUGCCACAUGGAAUGUUCUAGUGCGGCAUUUAUUUAGCAACAUGGGUCAUUCAGGAGCUGUUCAAUUUCUAGAUGCUGUAUUGGGUAGUGGAUUUGAGACAAGAUUCUGAAGGUUUGCAUCAAAGAUCUGUUACAGUCAGACAAAUGAGUUGUAGGCCAAACCAUCAGCAGAAUGCAAGAGAGGUUGUCAUCAGUAAUAUCCAGAAUCCUUUUGAGAUUGUCUUGUUGGGCAGAGCUCCAUAAUGCAACCCAAGUUCGUGGUGCUUAUAAUCACAAAGGAGGCAGGGGGACAGCUUCACUCAGUUUCAUCCAUGGGUUCACCGGUUGAGCGAGCAAUCUGUGCAAAGAACCAAUUUCUCUUUCCCUUGUUGGCAACUUGGCAAUUCUGAGGAACUUUAAAGAGGGUGGUUUCUGGCAAAUAGGUGUGUUCUUUGUGAAAGCAAAGAGGAUUAAUGGAUUGUGUUUUCCUCCACGCGCUCUGUGCUGAUCCUAUUCUCUUUAGCUGGUCUUAGGUCGUGGGUUAGUUUGUAGGUAGAAGUUGUAGAUUGGGUGACUCUAGAUGAGAGGGACUAGUGUUUUUUGGUUCUCUUUUAUGGCAUUGCCUUUUGGCACGAUUUGUAUAGUGUACUUUAGUAUAUAAAUUCCUUCUCUUUUAUUUAUAAUAUUUUCUUGCUCGUCAUUAA